UCUACGCCUUUAGACUCGACCUCUGGUCUUGCAGUCCACUCUCAGACACACGGCGCCCGGGACAAGCCCGGAGGCGAAACCAGCCAACCGCGUCGUGAUCUAAGAACCGGCCGCCGUUAGUCUUAGAGAUUCGUUUGGAUUUGUUUAGCUGGGAUCGAUAUAUUUUUCUCUUGGUUUCCUCGUGUGGGCGUUUCCGACCAGCUGGCGGUCUGCGGGAGAGGGAUGGUGCACCUGCUGGGGAUAUUGCUGCUGAUUCUCCCAAGUUCUGAAGGAUUUAACUGUCUAAACCCUCUGGAUUCCUGUCUCAACGGUGGGAGCUGCAAGUCCUAUGAUAACGGAACCGAGAGCUGCCUCUGCCUGCCACUCUACCUGGGUGCCCGGUGUCAGUACCUGGACCCCUGCCUCAGUGUCCUCUGCCAGCACGGCGCCACCUGUGAGCCCGCCAUCCGGAACGGCACAGCCACUGCCUUCUGCAUCUGCCCACCGGGGUACGUGGGUGGGCAGUGUGAGACCCCCGUGGGGGAUCCGUGCUUGUCAAGCCCCUGCCUGAAUGGAGGAAGGUGCGAACGAGCCCCCGGCGUCGGCUACAGAUGUAGCUGUCUCCACGGCUGGAGAGGACAGAGGUGCGAGCAGGCCGACCUGUGCGCCGCCAACCCCUGCACCAACGGUGGCCACUGCCUCAGCACCCGGGACCACUUCACCUGCCUGUGUAGCCGCGGCUUCCGGGGCCAGGUGUGCGAGCUGGAUGUGGACGAGUGUGCCGCUGGGGGCCCCGGGCCCUGCCACAACGGGGCCACCUGUCUAAAUCUGCGUGGGUCCUACCGCUGCCUCUGCCCGCCCGCCUACACCGGUGCCAGCUGCGAGGUGCCCAGCUCCUCCUGCGUCCUCUUCUCCUGCCGCCAUGGGGGCAGCUGCAUGCCCGGGGUUGGCGCCACUGACCACUGUGCUUGCCUGCCAGGCUUCACCGGCCGGUUCUGUGAGGUGAACAUCGACGACUGCAGCGUUCACCGGUGUCAGAAGGGAGGGACCUGUGUGGACGGGAUCGGCACCUACGAGUGCAAGUGCCCCUCGUCGUGGACCGGCCCGCACUGCACGGAGGACGUGGACGAGUGCCAACUGCAGCCCAACCCCUGCCAGAACGGGGGCACCUGCUCUAACCAGGACGGCGGCUUCAGCUGCAUCUGCGUCAACGGCUGGUCGGGUGCCGACUGCAGCGAGAAUGACAACGACUGCACCGAGACCGCCUGCUCCCAGGGAGCCACCUGCCACGACAAGGUGGCCAACUUCGUAUGUGAGUGUCCCCCGGGGAAGAAAGGACUGACGUGUCACCUGGAUGACCCGUGCGUGAACAAUCCUUGUCACGAGAGUGCUGUGUGCGAGAUGAACCCGCUGACGGGACAGGCCAUGUGCCAGUGUCCCCCGGGCUUCACCGGGCCGUCGUGUAAGCAGGACGUCGAUGAGUGUUCAAUGGGUCCCAACCCGUGUGAGCUGAACAGCCGCUGCGAGAACAACAUGGGCUCCUUUGAGUGCCGCUGCCUGGCAGGGUACACCGGUGCCCGCUGCGAGCAGGACAUCAACGAAUGCCUGUCCAACCCCUGCCGACACGAGGCCACCUGCCUCGACCAGAUUGGAGAGUUCAAGUGCAUCUGCAUGCCAGGCUAUGAGGGCCUCUACUGUGAGAUCAACCGUGACGAGUGCCUGAGUAACCCAUGCUUGAAUGAUGCCGAGUGUGAGGACCGGGUGAAUGAGGUGCACUGCUGGUGUAACCCAGGGUUUACAGGGCAGUGGUGUGAGGUGAACAUCGAUGAGUGUUCCAGUGCUCCGUGCUUCAAUGGGGGAACGUGCAUCGAUGGUCCUGACCGAUUCCACUGUGACUGUCCAGAGGGUUUUGAGGGGGCCCUCUGCCAGACAGACACCGAUGACUGUGCAGGAAGCCCGUGCCACAAUGGGUCAUGCUUGGACGGGGUGGCUGCGUACUCGUGCGUCUGCACCCCUGGCUAUACGAGGCCAGACUGCAGUGUUGAGCUGGACGAGUGUCAAAGCAGCCCCUGCCAGAAUGGGGGCCGAUGCACCGAUCUGGUCAACGGUUACGUCUGCAUCUGCCUGUCCGGGACCACAGGGCCGCACUGCGAGAUUGACAUCGACGAGUGCGUGGGCAACCGCUGUCACUCUGGACGCUGCAAGGACCACAUCAACCACUACACCUGCGAGUGUGACCCCGGCUUCACAGGCUCCCUGUGUGACGUCGACGUGGACGAGUGCGCCUCCAGCCCCUGCUACAACGGCGGGAACUGCAGUGACGGCCUGAACCGCUUCGACUGCGUCUGUCCCAGCGGGUACCUCGGACCCCAGUGUCUGUCGAGAGUGGACGAGUGCGAGAACCAGCCCUGCGUCCACGGUACCUGCCUCAACCACAGCAAUGGCUUCGACUGUGAGUGCCAGCCGGGGUGGACCGGCUCCCGGUGCCAGGAGGAUGUGGAGGAAUGCGCGUCGCGGCCCUGCCUGCACGGGGGCUCCUGCAGCGACCAGGUCAACGGCUACAGCUGCGCAUGUCCAGCGGGAUUCGAAGGCCAGAACUGCCAGGUAAACCUGAGUCACUGCCUGUCCUCUCCCUGCCGGAACGGGGGUCAAUGCACUGCCGAUGAAGAUGGCUACCAGUGCCAGUGCCAACUUCCGUACACAGGUUCCCAGUGCGAGACCCUCCUCUCCCCUUGUGCUCAGGACCCUUGUGCGAAUGGCGGAAGGUGCAGAGAGUCAGAGGACCACCUGACCUUCUCCUGCGACUGCCCGAGCGGCUGGACAGGACGGCUCUGCGAGGAGGACGUGGACGAGUGUACCUCUGACCCUUGCUCCCACCAAGGAGAAUGCCGCAACCUACCAGGGGGACACAGCUGCCUCUGCUCAGCGGGUUACACUGGGCCGACGUGUGAGGUGGAUGUCGACGACUGUUCUCCCGAACCCUGCCUCAACGGCGGCUCUUGCAAGGACGGGCUCGACUCCUUUUCCUGCUCCUGCCCACCUGGGUUCGCCGGCCAGCGGUGCGAGCAGGACGUGGACGAGUGCGCCAGCGGCCCCUGCCAGAACGGGGCGCAGUGCCGCGAUCUCGAGGGGAUGUACACCUGCGUCUGCCCGCCAGGGUACGAGGGCACGCAGUGCCAGGCUGACAGUCCGGACUGCACUCCGAGCUCGUGCCUGAAUGGGGGAACCUGCGUCGACCGAGUGGCCAACUUCUCCUGCCUCUGUCCGGCCGGGUUCACGGGCUGGCGCUGCCAGGAGGAGGUCGACGAGUGCGAGUCACAGCCGUGCCUGAACGGGGGGACCUGCCGAGAUGGCUACGGCGCCUUCAGUUGUUCCUGCGCGCAGGGCUACACCGGGACCACUUGCCAGACGCCGAUCGACUGGUGCGCGGAGCCCGUGUGUAAGAACGAGGGGAGGUGUGAGCCCACCGGGACCGGCUUCCGAUGCCGCUGCGGAGCGGGCUGGGGCGGACCCUACUGCGACGUUCCCAAGGACUCGUGUGACCUGGAGGCCGGCCUGAAGGGAGUGAGCGUCGAGGAGCUCUGCCGGAACGGCGGGCGCUGCAUCGACGCUGGGAGCACCCACUACUGCCAGUGUCCGGCGGGAUUCAUGGGCACCUACUGCGAGACUGAGGUGGACGAGUGCCAGGACAACCCUUGCCAGAACGGAGCCACCUGCCUCGACUUGGUCGCCAAGUAUUCCUGCCAGUGUCUCCCCGGGUACCAAGGCCCGAACUGUUCGGAGGAGGUCAAUGAGUGCCGUUCCCAGCCUUGUCAGAACGGAGGUACCUGCGUUGACCAGUUGGACGGAUACCGAUGUUCCUGUCUGCACGGCACUGAGGGGCUGCACUGUGAGCACGACGUGGACGACUGCGCCUUACCCCCCGGCCUGGAGCCCCGGUGCUACCACGGGGGCCGGUGUGUGGACGGGCUGGGGGUCUACAGCUGCGAGUGCCCGCCCGGCUUCGUGGGCGAGCGCUGCGAGGGCGACGUGGACGAGUGCCUGUCCGGCCCCUGCCAGGGCAGCGGGAGCCUCGGGUGCACUCAGCUGGUCAACAGCUACCUCUGUCACUGCCGGCCAGGCUACACAGGCCAGCACUGUGACUCGGUGAUCGACCACUGUACGUCGGCGCCCUGCCAGAACGGUGGCACAUGCGUCCUCGCCCUCAACACCCCGUUCGGGUUCCUAUGCAAAUGCCCGCCUACGCACCACGGCGGGCGCUGCCAGCUCCCCUCCUCCUGCCGACGCUGCCGUAACGGCGGGCUGUGCGUAGCGGGGCGAUGCGCCUGCCCACCGGGUUUCCGCGGCCCCGACUGCUCUAUUCGCAGCACCGGCCGCUGCUCGCCCGGCACCUGCCUCAACGGGGGCACCUGUUCCGAGCGGUCCCGGCCCCCCUACUUCCUCUGCCUCUGCCCACCCGCCUUCGGGGGCCUGCGCUGCCAGCGGCCGGAGACAGGUUCCGGGCCGGGGCUGGGGCCGGGGGAGGGAGAGGGCUGCGAGGGCCGAGGCUGCGCGGCCGACCCGUGGUGGAGGUGCCCGCUGGCGGAUGUCUGCCGCACCAGCUUCAAGGACGACACCUGCGACCCGGACUGCGACAACCCGGACUGCCAGUUCGACGGCUUCGACUGUCAGCAACCUGGGGCCGUCUGCAACCCGCGCCACCACACCUACUGCCGGCACCACUACAACGACGGUCACUGCGACCGGGGCUGCAGCGCGGCCGACUGCGGAUGGGACGGUGUGGACUGCUCCCACCCCCGGCCGGAGGACCUGGCGGGCGGAACCCUGGUGCUCGUGGCCUCCCUGAGCCCAGCCAGUCUGCGUCCCCGCCUCUCUGCCUUCCUGUGGGCGCUGGGCCUGGCCCUGCGCUGCCCGGUGCGGAUCCGGAAGGGGGCAGCCGGUGAGGACAUGGUCUACCCCUACCGCGGCUGGAGGGACCUGGACAGACUCACCGCCCUGGUCUACAACGUCAGCGGCCCGGGCCAUGGCCGGAGGACGAGGAGUCUGGUGGUGGACACCACACCCCCAGCACAGGACACCGUCCUCGGCUCCAUCGUGUUGGUGGAGAUGAACCAGCAGCCCUGCUUGGAGACCUACAGCAGCUGCUUUUCCUCCGCCCUGCAGGCGGCCGAGUUCGUGGUGGUUCUCGCCUCCACCCGCAAUGGCCAGGAGUUCACCAUUCCCCUGCGGGCCGUCGGUGUGAUGCCCGAGGAAGAACCGUCGUCCUUCCCGUGGGAGCUGGCAGGAGCCUCUCUCGCCGUCCUCUUGGCCGUCGUAGCGGGGAUCCUGGUCGGAGUUCGUGUGGCCAGGCAACCUAAGCGCCAGCGAGGCCCACUCUGGCUGCCCCCGGGCUUUGACCCCAUCCACGAGAACCGUAAGCAUCGGAGGAGGGAGCCCGUGGGCGAGGACGCCAUUGGCAUGAAGAUCCUGAACCAGGAGACAGACUGUGAGGAGGAAGAGGACAAUGAGAACUCCACGGUGAAGGGGCCGCCAGCCAGCAAGAGACAAAAGGUAGAGACCGCCCCGGUGCUGCCCGACCAGAGGAAAUGGACCCAAAAGCACAUCCGAGCGGUGGGGUCGGUCCCGCAGCCUCCCAACAUGACCCCUCCGCAGGACAGUCCCGAGAGCGUCGACGUGGAUGUGAGGGGCCCAGAUGGAGUGACGCCACUCAUGCUGGCUGCCAGCGCGGUUGGAGGCCCUGACCCUGGCGAGCCCGGCGCCCAAGAGGCUAUUCUGGAGCUGAUGGGGCAGGGGGCUAGCCUGCAGCCCCAGACCGAGGUGACGGGUGAGAGUGCCCUUCACCUGGCCGCCCGCUUCUCCCGGGCGGACGCCGCCAAGUGCAUGCUGGACAUGGGCGCGGACACCAAUGUUCAGGACCGGGCGGGGCGCACUCCGCUGCACACAGCCGUAGCUGCUGAUGCUCAGGGGGUCUUCCAGAUCCUCGUGCGCAACCGGUCGACGGACUUGGACGCGCGGACUCACGACGGGACCACGCCGCUGAUCUUGGCUGUGCGCCUGGCCAUCGACAACGUGGUGGAGGAGCUCAUCAACUGCGGAGCAGACCUCAACGCCACAGACGCCCACGGUAAAUCUGCCCUGCACUGGGCUACUGCCGUCAACAACGUGGAGGCUCUGGUAGUGCUGCUGAGGAACGGAGCGGACAAGGACAUGCAGGACAGCAAGGAAGAGACGCCGCUGUUCAUCGCUGCCAGGGAAGGCAGCCACGAGUCGGCCCGGAUUCUGUUGGAAAGCCAGGCACAGCGGGAGACCCCCAACUACCUGGGCCGGACGCCCCACGACGUGGCCACCGAGCGCUCUCACCACGACAUCGUGCGGCUGCUGGAGGAGCCCGGUCCCGUCCGGGAGCCUCCUCCCCCUCCACCUCCAUCGACCGCCUUCUCCCCACGCCUCAAGACCCCCAGGAAGGGGAGGCGGUCGGGGCCCAGGCCCGGGGUCGGGAGCGGCCCCGAAACACCCCGCCCUCCCCCGCACAUCGACCUUAACCACUCCCACUACCUCCCGCGACCUUGCGCGCCGCCGGGUUUCCCGCUACCCCUCCCUACUCCUCACCCGGGCUACCCCGGGGUCUCUGGGCACCCGUGGGUCGUCUGCCCCCGGAGGUUGCGAACCGACCCUCGCCUCCAGCCCCACCCGUGGGCGCCGCCAGGCUUCGGGCUGGGCCGGGCUGAGUGGGCGCUGCAGCCGCCACCCGUUGAUGGGGAGGGAGACGGGCGGCCUCCCGGCCUUUACCCAACGCCCCCCUCCCAGCACGGCUGUAUCUCGCCUCCCUGCACUGAGGCCCCGAGCCGGCGGCAGGGCCACCACCCCUUCCUCACUCCUUCGCCCGAGUCUCCCGAUCCUUGGUCCAGCUCGUCGCCCCACUCCGGUCGCUCCGACUGGUCUGACGGGCUCAUCAGUCCCCCCUCCUAGGGCGGGGGCUCAUCAUAUACCCCUCCUAGGACGAGAGAAUGGGGAUGGGGAUGGGUGGAUGGGGGUGGCCAUUACAGCUGCUCCUCUUAGGGUGAACAGUUGGGGAGGGGGUUUGCUCAUCAGCCCCUACCCACCCCCUCCCCAGAACAGGCGUGUGAGGAUGGAGUGAUCAGCCCUCACCUCGUAGAGCAUGAGAGUAGGAGAAUCUGUUUGUGCGUCAUUUGCCCCCCCCCCCCCCCGAGUGGAAGUGAAUAGGUUUGGGGUGGGGUGGAAAUGAAGGCUGGUGGUCUCAUCAGCUACUCCAGGGUCAACACUGUGGGAAUCCCCGCUUUCUUUCGGAGAGAUCCGGAACGGCGAGGCUCAGGGCCACACUGAGGACAGUUUGCCGCCGCAAGACAGAGCUAGGCUGCUGU